UGAUAGCAGUCAACGCCAAUGCCGAAAGCAAGCUUCGUGCGUGAGGCAGUCUAUGAACAGUCUUCAUCAUAAAGCGGGAGUGCAGAUAUCAAACGUUAGAGUUUAUACUAAAUUUGAUUCAGUUUUUUUGCUGUUCAACAUUGCCUUUUUGUCAUUAAUUGAGUGUGAAUAGAAUAUUAAGCAAGCAGUUGUGCCAAAAAAAGAUUUUUAAAUCCAACCAACUGAGAGCAUUUCCUAUAAGUAAGAACCUGAGAGUCAGGCAGAACGGUAUUGUGAUUUGAAGACACAUCCAUUGAAGGAAUUUUCAGUCUCAAACAGAAAAUUCGUUCAAAAAUCACUCAGAUCUGGUGUUCGCAGAAAAGGAGAAGACACUGUGUGGAGCGGAGCGCGCAAAAAUGGAAGAAGGUCAUCACAUUCUUGACCAUCAUGACCACCAUGACCAUCACGUUCAUUUCGACGCAACAGUGAUAAAUGACGAGCUUCAUGAUAACACGAUUAUCUAUCGGGUGUCACCCGGUGGUGAUACAAUUAUGGUCCAUUUAGGUUUUUUACAGAUAAAGCAUAGAUAUCGAAUUGAAUUGAACAUCCCGGCAUAUGCGUUGCAAGAAGUAGGUUUAAAAGAUGGAACGAAUGUUAGUUUUACGGUUGAUGAAUCCAGACAUCCAAAUGUCAAUUGCAGAUUGCUCGAGUUUCUUAGUGAAACAAUCACUAAUAAAGAUGGGAAGAAGUAUUACGAUGUUAAAGUAGAAUUGUUUGCUCAUAAAGAAAAACUUUUGAGGGAGAUAAUUGUACUGAACGGAAGCAAUAAUGAAACUAAAUUAAAACUAAUGCUAGUGGCUAGAGUUUUAGGACGUGGUAAAGGUACACCUAUGCUAAGAGAUGGAAUACAUGUAAUUGGAGUAGAAGAUGAUGCGGAUUCGGAACUUUCGGAUUGGCAAGGAUUUAGCAAAAAUGAUUAAGCAAUCGUAACCGUAGCAUUUUACAUGUUAAAGCAUUCGUAUUAGAUACUACAACAAAUAUCAAGACCAUCUAUUUUCAUUUAAAACAAAUAUAAUCAAUUAUUAAGAGUUAUCUUAAAAAACAUUUCUAUUACGAAAUAAAUAGUUAUAUAGCAGAAGAAAAAAAAAGCAUACAGUGUCAUCAUCACAUUUUGAAUUUACGGGGUUGGAUCAAACCAAAAAGAAAAACGACUAGCUGUUUCGUUUUAAUUUCUAUUCGGGAAUACUCUUUAAAAAAUGUUAGUUAUUCUCUCUAAAGAUCGACUGAACAAAAUAAAAGAUGUAGUUCUCAUACUCAAUGAGCUGAAUAAAGAUGCAAUUCGAACGAAAAGGAAAUGCAAAAUUUUCGAUACCGUAAACAAGAAUAAGAGUGAUGAUUUGAGUGACUUCAUUUCCGCUGCUCUACUUGA